CAGGCGUGCCUGUGUGCAUGCUUACGACGCUGGCUUUCCAAAGCAAAAGUGAAAACUCUUGUGAAGAAACUGAGAAGCUGAAGGGGUUAAAUGAAAUACAACUCUGCUUUUCCUGUGCCGUAAGGAUUAUUAACCAAACAGAAACAGGAGAGAAGAGCGCUGAAGUGCCACUGUUUCAACAAGAACGAUUGGAAAGUGACUUCUGGAGCUUGACUGCAGAGUAUCUCCAACUUUUGUGCUCACCUGUCACAGGCACAUGCAGAAGGCAGAGAUGAAGAACUUGUUCCUUCUGCUCAUGCUAACAACGUCACUUUCUGCAUUUUCAGGCCGCCGGAUGAAACGGCAGGUUGAUGUCUGGGGGAGCUGGAGUGAAUGGAGUAAGUGCAGUCGCAGCUGUGGCGGUGGAGUCAGCUUUCGGCAACGGCACUGCUAUUCCCAAAGGACAGAAGGUCCUUCCAGUUGUGUUGGACCAACACGAAGCUAUCAGUCAUGUAAUGUUCAGAACUGCCCAGAAGGCUCCCGGGAUUUCCGGGCAGAGCAAUGCGCAGAGUUUGAUGGGACAGAAUUCCAAGGCAAGAAAUACAAGUGGCUUCCAUAUUAUGGAGCACCUAAUAAAUGUGAGUUAAACUGUAUUCCCAAGGGAGAAAACUUCUACUACAGGCACAAGGAAGCAGUGGUAGAUGGGACUACCUGUGAACCUGGCAAGCGAGAUAUUUGUGUAGAGGGAGUUUGUCAGGCUGUUGGCUGUGAUAAUAUGCUGGAAUCUGCCAAGAAGGAGGACAAGUGCCUGCAAUGUGGAGGAGACGGUAGCACCUGCUAUGGUGUGAAGGGCACUUUUGAUGUGGCCAGCCUCCCCAAAGGUUACAAUCAAAUCUUUAUUAUCCCUGUGGGAGCCACAAGCAUCCAAAUUAAGGAGGUUAAGCCCAGCAGGAACUUCCUAGCUGUCAAGAACGUGCGAGGGGAGUAUUACCUGAAUGGGCAUUGGACAAUUGACUUCAGCCGGGUGCUGCAGGUGGCGAGCACAGUGCUGCACUAUGACCGUGGCUCCGAGGGUGAUGUGGCUCCAGAGCUCCUCCACGCUCGGGGUCCCACCACAGAACCCCUCGUCAUUGAGCUCAUCAGCCAGGAGCCAAACACGGGGGUACAGUAUGAAUAUUACCUGCCCCUUCAAGGACAGGCCUCAGGUUACAGCUGGAGCUACAGUUCCUGGAGUGAGUGCAGCUCUGAAUGUGGAGGAGGUUUCCAAUCUCGCUUGGUGUUUUGCACCAUAGACAAUGAAAUUUAUCCGGACUAUAUGUGCAGGAAUAAACCACAACCAGACAACAACCGGACGUGUGGCCAUCAGCCUUGUCCCCAGACAAAAAGGUGGAAAACAGGAGAGUGGGGGUCCUGCUCAGCCAGCUGCGGCGGGGGCACCCAGACUCGCUCCGUGUACUGCGUGGCGUUUGAUGGGCAGAGCUGGCAGGGAGUGGUGGAUGACACCGAGUGCAUGGCCUUUGCCCAGCAGCCGCGCCGCAGCCAGCCCUGCAAUGUCCGGCAGUGUGCCACCUGGAGCACAGGGCCCUGGUCCCAGUGCUCAGCCAGCUGCGGGGAAGGAGUGCAGACCCGGACUGUCACCUGCAGGACUCAGCAGGGCGCUCAGGCUCAGGACUUUGCUUGUCUAAUGGAACCAAAGCCAUCAGCCACCCAACCCUGCCUUAAAGAGAACUGCAUCCAGGAAAUCGGUUGGCACGUUGGAGACUGGGGUCUGUGUUCCAAGAGUUGUGAUUCAGGCAUCCGGACACGCCAGGUCAUCUGUGCUGACGGCGACUCCAAAUUCUACAGUCCUGAGACAUGCAAAGCCAUCCAGCCACAGAAACCAGCCACCCUGGGUAGCUGCAACACACAGCCCUGCUACCUGCCACAGCAAGUCCCCAGUAUGCAGGACACUAUGGGAUAUGAUGUCACUCGCCAGUCCUUGCUGACACGUUACAACCCAAAGAGCCCUGCCCCAGAUUCUGAUGAUAGAAGCAUGCUCCCUGGGACCACCAUGAUCCAUAGCACCUCAGGUAAUCAGCACAUUCCAUCCACCAAGGACCACAGCAUCAACUUGUUUCCUGUCGGCUGGGAGUCCCAGUCCCGCUCGCCAGGUUCCCAUCAGCUCAGCUUCUCUCAGGACUCCCCUGCAGGGGCUGGCUCCCAGGACUGCCACCAGAGCCCACAUGGCUGCUGUCCAGAUGGGCACACUCCGGCGUCGGGCCCUCUGGGGAGAGGUUGCCUUUUCAGCACCUGCCACCAAAACAGGUAUGGCUGCUGUCCUGAUGGAGUGUCGGCUGCCCAGGGUCCAAACAACAUUGGAUGCCCACAAUAUUAUCAUGACAUUCAAACGAGACAAAAUCGUCCCACUGCAACCACUCCAGCAGCAAGCCAAGCCUUGUCCCAGCAGCAGCCCUCGAGCGAGUGCCGCGGCUCCGUGUAUGGCUGCUGCUUUGACAACAUCGCCUCAGCCAUAGGUCCUCGAGGGGAAGGAUGUCUCAAUAGCCCCAACUACCCAUACCCUGUGAUGUGUCUGCUGCCCAGUGCCCACGGCCCCUGCACCAACUGGACCACUCGCUGGUACUUUGUGGGAGUUGUUGGCAGGUGCAACCGGUUUUGGUAUGGCGGCUGUCACGGCAAUAAAAACAGCUUUGCAUCGGAGGAGGAGUGCAUGAGAGUGUGCCACAGCUCUGUGGGAGUCAGUCAUCUGGAGCUCCAGCCCUCCCCUGGCACAGGAGUUCUGCAACACCAGCAGACUGUCUCCAAUUCUCAUGCAGGACAUGCUCAGAGUCAGCAGCAAUCACCCACAAGAAAGGCUGCAAGUCACAGCCAAGAAGGAAGAACCUUUGGGUCUUCACUCCCCACUCAAGACAGCCGCAGGCAGGACAGCUGGAGGAGGGACGUGCUGCCAGAGUCCUUGCCAAGGACUGGUGUGCUGGAGAGCCAGCGCUGGGACACCCAGCGAAGCAGACUGGACAGCCUGGGCCAGCUGCGCUCCUGGGAAGCAGCCGCGCCUGGGCCCUCAGACAGGCAGAGCAGCAGUGGCCAGCAGGUGCUGCCCUGGGAAGGCAAGCAGUGGCGUGAAGCUUUCGGAGCAGAUGCUUCUGUGACAGAGGGAUUUGGGCACCAGGAGUCUGCAGACUUGUUCCCAGCACAGGCUCUGCACAGAACAAUCCUGGAGGAAGCCAAGCCCUCUCUUGUGACAGCAGUUGUGGGACAAAACAUCCAGCUGGUCUGCAAAACAGGCAUGUCCUCGCUCUCCAGAGUGGAGUGGAUGAAGAACAGCCAACCAGUCUCCUCUGACAGGCACACCUACCAGUCCGACAGCUCCCUGGUGAUCAGCCACGUCCAGCCCCAGGACGCCGGCACCUACACCUGCCGCACCUCCGACGACAGGACGGAGAGCCGACAGAUCCAGCUGCAGAUCACAGAGUACCCAAGCACUGUGCUGGCAGAGGGUGGGAGAGGUCGGGUCCUUCACCAGGCAAAUCUGCAGCACCAAGGGUUAUCCAGAGGCAGGCAGCUCGUGCAGGCAGGUGGCUCCUCUGUGCGUCAGCAGCUCACAUACAGGUUGAAAAUGGAUAAGAGCGAACCCACAGUAGUGGAGGCCAAUGUUGGGGAGAGAGUCAGACUGCCCUGCACAGUGGAAGCAUCACCAGCUCUCACCAUUGAGUGGCAGAAAGAUGGGCAGCCCCUCUCCUCUCCCAGGCACAGGCAGCAGUCGGACGGGGCCCUGGUGAUCAGCAAGGUCAGCUCUGAAGACAUUGGCUUCUUCACCUGCAUUGCCUCCAAUGGACGUGACCGCGACCAGCGCCGCGUCCUGCUCCGACCUCUAGGAGAGCUGAGGAUCACUGGUCUUCUGCCAAGCAUCACUGUACCUGAGGGAGGGACUGCACAGCUUCAUUGUACAGUGACUGGCAACAACGUGAAUAUAAGGUGGUCAAGGAACGGAGUUCCCAUGAGGGGGGAUGGCCACCACAUCCACCUGUCCCAGGAUGGAAGCCUGACUAUAAGCAAUGUGCAAGGGGCUGACGAGGGAUCCUACACGUGCAGUGCCUACAGCAGCAGCAGCUCUGUCAGUGCCAGCUCAGAGGUGAAGGUGCUGAGGAGCCAGCCCAGCACUACUGUGAGUCACGCUGUGGACCUGAGCAGAGAGUGUGUGGACCAGCCCCACCUUGCCAACUGUGACCUGAUCCUGCAGGCCCAACUCUGUGGUAAUGAGUACUAUUCCAGCUUCUGCUGCGCCAGCUGCGCUCAUCACCGCCCCCAGGGCAGCCCUGCGCACCCCCGUGGGUGACAGCCACCACCAAGGUGACCAAUGACAAGACUGUUCUUUUACUGCAUGGGACAGUUCUAGGAACUCUGCCCUGCUGGAAAGCUCAAGAGGGUGAAUUGAACAGCAUGUAGUGAGUGUAAAUGCUCAAAGGCGGGAGACCACUGCCCUCAGGUUUAUUGUAAACUCCUUUUCCCCUGUAAGUCUUGCUGUACCUAAUCCAUCUCUUAGGAGUAGCUGCUGUCAUUCACGGAAACCAGAUGGAUAGUAGGGUUGUAAGGAUGAUGUGACUAAAGAAGGCAGAUGACCAGCAUCAAAGAGGGAGAGACCAAUUCUUCAUAUAAGCAAAAGUGCUCUUAAACACAUAAUCUCUGAAGUGUUUGAAGAUGGGCCUGCACCAUUCCAACCAAAGCACUAAUGAGCCAUGAACAUUUGUUCCUCCAAUGAGCAUUGCUGAACAAGUGCUCCUGGGGAGCACUUUCCAUCUAAAUGCAAAGGACUCUGGCAGUGAGAAACAGCUUGAUGCAUAUGAAAUUAAUGUUCAGGUCCUAGGAGAUUACUGGCUCUCAGGAUGAAGCUGUAAUGUCAUGUUACUGUAGCUGUUUUAUUCCAGCAGACCUUAGACAAAUUUCUAAUAGGGUCAGUUUGGUUUCUGCUUGGCUGCAGUCAGCUUUGGAGUGAAAUGCAGAAGCAAUGCUUCACAGAAAGCUUAAGACAAAAUAGAAAACUACUUUUAGCCCUUCCUGAAUGCUCUAGGGGUAGUUUAGAUGAAUAUACCAACACUGUUUUGAGAUGCUGCAGUUUAAAUAGCACUCAUUCUAGGAAGGCUCAGCAGGUAAUCUUUUUCCCCGAACCAGAACUGUGCUGUUCUGACGUUGUGCUGAGUUUGGGCAGGGGAUAAUAAUAAACACAUAGAAAUACAAGUGUAAGGGCAUUUCACUUGCAGAAUAAACCUCCCAAGGAUGUGCUCUAGUCUCAGUUAAAUCUAGGAAAGCCUGACUCUGCAUCUCAGGGCUGAUGCCUGCUGCUAUGGGCUAACAAGUUAGGACUUCUAGACGCAGAGCAGCUGUAGUUGAAAAGCAUCCUUCGUUUCAAGACCAACACGGAGUGGCAGCAAGCAUGCAUCUGGGACUCUGAAAAUCUCAGACAUUAGGGGUGGGGAGGUGAGAUUGUAUUAUGAUUGUAUCAUGUUAAACCAGGAAAAGCCCUUAGGUAUCUUAAGUAUCUCAAAAUGGAAUUACUUUUUGAGCAAAAGGAUUCUUCUAUAGCCUCCACACUACUGUUCUACCCUAGCAUCAGCCCUGACAGUCCCCUUCUUCCUCAUUCUAGAUUUGAAUGGGUAGAUCAUAUAGAUCAUAAUUAUUAGCAACAUUAACCAUGUAUUAUUUGCGUAGAUGUAGCUAUAAACUGGUGUGUAAGAUGUUGAUAAUUUGUUGGGGGGAUGGAGGAUUGGGUUAUUUUAUUUUUGUCUUUUACAUGUGUUCCUUUAAGGCUUUUAAGAAUUGCAGCUAAUUCAGGACUGUGCUCACACCACUCUCCUCUUCAGUCCUGACUCAGGACCCAUCAGGCAACAGCAAAACAUAGGUGCAAAUUGCCAGGGUUGACAGCCUAGAGCUGGUUUGUACUCUAAACCCAGUAAAUCAGUUCACAUGGACCUAAAAAUAAGAAUCACUGACCUAGUGACUACACUCUCAUCAGCACAGGUAUGGUUCAGGACUGGACACACUGCUCUAGGAUGUGAACAAAUGGCAAAGUCUACAAGCAAUCCAGGAGAGACAGGUGACAGUCACAGCUAUUUGGGGCUGGUCCUUCUGAUAGAUUCUGUUUGCUAGGAAAGACAAAAAUACUUACUUUGCAUUUAAGACCCUUUAAUUUAAUUAGGGAAAAUUUCCUCUGCUGGAAUACACGGCAGGCAUUACAGUAUAAGGUUUGAAGUGGAAUUCAUUGGAUAUUUAAGAACAAUGAGAUGGUCCUGAAAAUAUCCACUUGUGUUUGUAUAUAUUUUUCCAUCUAACAUCUCAGACCAGCACCUUUUUCUGUGUGUAUGUGUUUAGGAUAUUCUACCAUUUUAGUAUAUUAUAUGAUUUAUGCCUUGUGAGACCAGGGACUAAUCAGACUCUGUAAAUUUCAGUCAUUUUGAAGCCCCCUCUGUUCCGUAUGUAGUCAGGGUCUGCUCAGGAGUAUGAUUAGAAAUGAACUGUGGAAGUAUCAGACCCUUCUGUCCCAGAGUAAGUAGCCAGUUCUGUAAAAUCCCUUUCUAAGAUGUCAGAGGUUCUAUUUUUAGAAUAUUUAAAUAUUCUGUGUAGUCAGCUGUCAUUUAAACUCUAUGGUUAUAUAAGAUAGGGCCAGGAAAUGUUUCUCCAGACUCCUGAGGGCUCUAACAGUGCCUGCUGAUGGGCAGGACAACACUGGAAGUGCUCUGGCUAGUGGAGAGUUUAUGCUGACCUCCUUUCAGCUGCACAAGCAUAGCAGUAAGGGUGGGACUGACAGACAUGCAGCUCCCUGCUGUAAAUCCAUGCCAUCAAGUUAACUAAAGCAUCUUUGCAUUUUGUCUGACAAGAUCAGCUUCUCCCUCUCUGUAGUACCACUUAAUCACCUACUCAAGGUUUACUGUUUUAUGUGAGAAUCAAGAUGUUCCUUUUCUUCCCUAAACAAUGGGUUGUAGAAAGUGCUUACCUCCAGGGCAGGAGAAGGGUGUAACUAUACUGGGGUAUUUUCAGCUUCAUCUUAGGGCCCUUAUUGUGAAAGAUAUAUAACUAACUGCUUUCUUUCCUACUAAAAAUGUCUAUGAAUACUUGUUUGCUUUUUGAAAGCUGGAAAAAGCAUCGACACCAACUCGAUUCUCAUGGAGAGUGUUUGCAUUACUAUUCAUACCACACUGAACACAGGUAAGAAUCUGUAAUGUCAGAAGUUAUCGUUUUCUAGACUGUGAGACUCGCCUGGAAACAGAACUGCUGGCAAGCACAAAUCCAGGGCCAACAAAGGGAGCGUUUCUUCCUCUUCAGGUUAUGGAGUCUGACUUUUUCCUUGUGUUUAAACUGACGUGGUGCUCAUAAGAAUGUAGUAAGAACCAGUCACACUAACAGGGUAGAUAUUAGCUCACUGGAAGAACAGAAAAGAGGUGAAAAUACAUCACCAUCUCAUCAUAUGGCUCUUUUAAUAGUAGGGGAAAGAAAGAGUUUUCCUUUUUUCCGUUACUGAAUGUUGCUGUCCUUGUCUUUGUUUCUUUGUAAAUAUUCAGUGAUAAAAAAUCCUGUCCUGCAAACCCAGAAUCUGAUGUAAAGCUUUUCAGUAAAGGCCUCUAUUUUAGAGCUUUAAGUGUUUAUGCGUCACAAGCAUAAUUUGAAAUUCAGUUUUAAAGUUCAAUGCACCAUAACAGAUUGUAUAAAAUGAGAGGUAUUAAGAUAUUAUUCUUAAACUGCUAGGUUGGCAAGCAGUGCUCCUCCACAUUCACCUUACAAGGCAGAAGACACCCAGAAGGGCAAAUGCUGAAAACUGAAGCAGGGUGCGAAAUAAAUCUCUUAUAGACAGUGCUUCUACCACCAACAUUUAUUUCUGUUAAAGCAGAUUAUAAAUCAUCAGUACAAAUAUAUAUAACUUACAUUUGCUUGUAAGGCCAAAGUUUAAAAGUAAAGUUAAAAUGAGAUGGUUUUCACAAGUCACCAGAGGCAGAACCUGGACCAGCUGCAGCCUUAACCACAAGGUUUCACAAAUCAGUGGGAAAAAAUAAAACCAAAGUUAAAAACCUCUAA